AUGUCUGGCGAUACCCCGACACCCGCUGUUCGGAGCCCUGCGAGCGGCGUCACCCCAAAACCAAUACCAGAAAAGAGCGAUUAUUUCGCCGCCGAGAAGAAGCAGCCAGGGUUACCCCCGGACGCCAAUUCAGGUGUUGGAGUUGGUGCACCUCGAGCCGACGCCGAGAGGCGUGUUCUGAUCGUUGAUGCGAAGGGCAAAGGAAAGGAGGUCGAAAAUACGGGAUGCGCGAUGGCCACGACGCCCGGCGAGGCUGCCUCGAGUUCGGGGAGUAGCGAGCCCCCGUCUAGGAAAGGGUCUCUCGGCGGUGUCACCUUUCAGGCGCUUCGUAACCUGUCGCUGCCUCAAGGAUUGAAGAAGCCGCACGGGGGUACUCGGAUCCGGGAGGCUUCACCACCCCAUCGCAGGUUCGAGUCUCAUGUAGCAUUCGACAACAUCCCGCUCGGCGAUGCGACCGAUUACAACCCGAUAGCCUUCACCCUAAACGUCCGGCACCAUGGUUUCCAGUACAGGCGGCGGCACCGCACCUUCAUGGUUGGUGUAGACGACAAUUCGUACUCGGACCAUGCCUUGCAGUGGCUCUUGGACGAACUGGUCGAUGACGGCGACGAGAUAGUAUGCGUACGCGUCAUCGAAACCCAGGUUCGUCUGACCGACAGGGCAUACCAGGACGACGCAAAGGCCUUGAUGGAGUCGAUCCAGUCCAAGAACGUACAAAAUCGCGCCAUUGGCCUGAUUUUGGAAUAUGCCGUUGGGAAACUACACAGCACCUUUCAACACCUCAUCAAAAUUUACCAGCCAUCAAUGCUUAUUGUCGGCACGAAAGGACGCAGUCUGGACGGAGUCCAGGGGUUUCUGGUCAAUCGCAGUUCUUUCUCAAAGUAUUGCUUGCAAUACUCGCCAGUGCCCGUAGUCGUCGUGCGUCCUACCGAGAAGCGCGAGAAGAAGCGGCUCAAGCGUGCCGGUGACCCCUCUCGACAGAGCUAUCUCCAGAUGCUUGGUGGUCAGCCACAUGAGGCCGACAGCGAGAAUAGCAGCGUGUACGAGCUGGAACCAAAUCUCACCGCUGAUGAAGAGGCUCAUCGUGUGGCCGUCGCCGUUGGGCUUCCCGCAAGCUAUGACCCGACUCUCAAGCCCAUUGAUCCCGCGACCCUGGUGAGGAGGGCUAGCCGCCAGCCUGCAUCUCAAAUUACAAAGGAUGCCUUGGUUGUUGCUGCCAAAGGAGGUCUACCCGCCGACAAGAAGCCGGGCCAGGAUACGGAUUCUGAUAGCGAUGAAGAGGAGUUCGAAGUUACAACUGGCGAUGAGAUCAUGAAGCGAGAAAGACUGCAUAACAUGGAGGUCAACGAGGGCGCUGCACUCAGAGCAGACGGUAGGAAGAACAGUUCCGGCUCUCUGGAGAGCGACGAAGAUCCGCCAGGUGGCGGAGGUGCCAAGACAUGA